CAGCAUGUUUACCUUCCUGACAUCUGUCACUGCGGCCAUCAGCGGCCUCCUGGUGGGUUACGAACUUGGGCUCAUCUCUGGAGCCCUUCUUCAGAUCAGGACCCUGUUAGCCCUGACCUGCCAUGAGCAGGAGAUGGUUGUGAGCUCCCUCCUCAUUGGGGCUUUCCUGGCCUCCCUUACUGGAGGUGUGCUGAUUGACAGGUAUGGAAGAAGGCUGACCAUCAUCCUGUCCUCCUGUCUCCUAGGACUUGGAAGCUUGGUCUUGAUAAUGAGUUUGUCCUAUACAGUUCUGAUCAUGGGACGCAUUGCUGUAGGGGUUUCUAUUUCUUUGUCUUCCAUUGCCACUUGUGUGUACAUUGCAGAGAUUGCUCCCCAGCACAGAAGAGGCCUCCUUGUGUCACUGAACGAGCUGAUGAUUGUCAUUGGCAUCCUUUUGGCCUACAUUUCAAAUUACGCAUUUGCCAAUGUCUCCAACGGUUGGAAGUAUAUGUUUGGUCUUGUGAUUCCCCUGGGGCUUUUGCAAGCCAUUGCAAUGUACUUUCUUCCUCCAAGUCCUCGGUUUCUGGUCAUGAAAGGACAAGAGGAGGCUGCUGGCAAAGUUCUCGGGAAGUUAAGAAUGAUCUCAGACACCACCGAAGAACUCACUUUGAUCAAAUCUUCCUUGAAAGAUGAAUACCAGUAUACUUUCUGGGAUCUGUUUCGCUCCAAGGACAACAUGAGGACCCGAAUCAUGAUAGGUCUGACACUGGUAUUUUUUGUACAAACCACUGGCCAGCCAAACAUACUGUUCUAUGCAUCAACUGUCUUGAAGUCUGUUGGCUUCCAAAGCAAUGAGGCAGCUAGCCUCGCCUCCACUGGGGUUGGAGUGGUCAAGGUGGUUAGCACCAUCCCAGCAACCCUCCUUGUGGACCAUGUUGGUAGCAAAACCUUCCUCUGCAUUGGCUCCUCCGUGAUGGCUGCUUCACUGUUGACCAUGGGCAUCGUGAAUCUCAACAUCAACAUGAACUUCACCAAUAUCUGCAGAAGCCAUAGUCCUCUUAACCAGUCCCUAGAGGAGCCCAUGUUCUAUGCAACAGGGAACCUGUCAACUAGCAACAGCACUCUCGGGGAACACUUCAAAGGAGUCAUUCCCCACAGCAAGGGCUCAUUCAUGCCCGUGGGAAGUGGCGUGGACCAGAAAGGGGAGUUGACCUUCACAUCUUUACCAAAUGCUGGACUGAGCCAAACAGAACACCAGAUUGUCACAGACCCUGCCGUUGUCCCAGCUGCUUACAAAUGGUUGUCCUUGGCCAGCUUGCUUGUUUAUGUCGCUGCUUUUUCAAUUGGUCUAGGACCCAUGCCCUGGCUGUUGCUCAGUGAGAUCUUUCCUGGUGGAAUCAGAGGCCGAGCCAUGGCCUUGACCUCUAGCAUGAACUGGGGCAUCAAUCUUCUCAUCUCUUUGACAUUUCUGACAGUGACUGAUCGUAUUGGCUUGUCGUGGGUAUGCUUCAUAUAUACAAUCAUGAGUCUAGCAUCCCUGGUUUUUGUUGUUCUGUUUAUACCAGAGACAAAGGGAUGCUCUUUGGAACAAAUAUCAAUGGAGCUAGCAAAAGCGAACUAUGUGAAAAACAACAUUUGUUUCAUGAGUCAUCACCAGGAAGAAUUAGUGCCAACGCGGCUUCAAAAAAGCAAGCCCCGAGAGCGGCUCCCGGAGUGUACAAAGCUGUGUGGACGGGGGCAGCCACAGCAGCCUUCUGCAGGGACCUAAGGGCUCAGAUCCUUACAGAUGGUGCAGGGGCAGCACUUAGGGGGGGUGUCUCUGCCAUGGUGUCUCCUCAAUGGCAUGGAGAGAUUUGACACGGACACCCUGAAGCUAGAAAGACCGCCUUUCAUUCCUCCUCCCCAAAUGGGACCUUUGCGAAACGGUAGACGAGGCGCCACCAAUGCCCCAAGGUAUCAGGUAAAACAAACCGAAAUCCUGGCAGAUUCAAUACAUUCUACCUUCUCUUCAGUGCAGCCUUGUCGUUCUAGCGACGAGGCCAGCCUCUGCCUUAAGCCGUCUGUGUAGGAUGCUGGUCACAGCUUCAUGCUUAGACACGGAAGCCUUCAGGACAGGCACUCAGCCACCGUGGCCUCUGAAGACACUCCUUGCUCCGGGUCUUCUGUCAAAACACUGUGGAUGAUGGUUCAAUUGCACCUAUGUUAUAGAUCAGGAUGGUGUCCUGGGUAAGACCCUCGCGACAACUCAAGUCUACCAGCACCAAGCUCACCAAGCUAGUACACCACACAUAACGAAAUACUAGUUAACCAAAAUACUCUUUUAUAAGUUUUACAUCCAAUUUUUAAAAUGCUAAGAUAAACCAUUUUUCCCUUUUUAAAAAUGAUUAGAAAAGUCAAUUUAAAACUCCUGGGACCAUAUUUAUUUAGAACUAGUUUAGUGAAUAUUAGCAAAGGAGUCCGACAUAAGGUUAUUAUUUAUCCAGAUCUCUAAGCAGUUAGGUUUAAGUUAUAAAGUCAAAUCUAUACAGACUGCGUCCUGGGAAGGCGCUUGUGGUAGGUAACCUGUGGCAAUCUACAGCUUUCUGCAUCCUUCCCACUCCUCAGGAAUCUCCUUACCUCAGGCUACGGCAGACUGCCUCUCAGUGCUCACUUUCAGACGAAUGCACACAGAAUAAAGGGACACCCACAUCCGGACAGGUCCCUCUGUCUUUUCUGGGAUGUACAUUGAUAAGCCAUACUGGCAAGGUGGGUUUGACCCACAGGAUGCAUUUCUCUAGCCUGUUUUUCCAGUUGAAUUUUAAGAUUUGAUAAAACAUUUCACCAACAGAAUGUGCAUAUGACAGAAAAACCUGUGAUAAAGAAUCUUGACUCAUUCAAUAAACUACAGAUGGUACACAAAAAAUAACCCUUAAGGUACAAACAGCCUAACUUGAAAAAUAAUUCAAAGAAAUAUUAACUCCCCCCAAAGAGCCCCAAAUCCCUUAAUUUGGGAUUUUCUUCCUUUCACUACCAAAUGGUCCCGGUCUGAUAGAGAGGUCCAUGGCCCCUCACAUUCCCCUCUAGUAAAGUGGAAAGGCAUGAAUCUACACACAGCAGCAAAGAGAGCAGCCUGCCCCCAAACCUCAGGGGCAUGAUGCUCCGGAGGGCCUGGUUCUGAAGAGCAUCAGCUAAAUUAAAGGAGGCAGGAAGGAGCCGUGAGGAAGGGAGAUUUAAUCUUGAUUAUGUCGUGGUAUAUCUCACAUCACGUAAGAAUGUGUGCUGUUUUCUGUUUGUUGUGGGAGGAGAAGGCAAGGUGUGUUCUGUAGAGCAUCAUUUUAAAUUUACCGUAUCUGGAAUUACAUGCCACGUUAAAAAAAAAAAAAACCAAAAACC